AGAAGUAAGAAAGCCUAUAAGAAUCGUAAAAUUUCUAUCGUGACAUACAUACUGCAAGUAUCAAAAACUUGGAGUGAUCCGGAUUUAUGAUUCGUGGGUGUUAUUUGGAAGCGUGGUAACCGGGAACUGAACAGAUUUUCUUUCCACCUCCAUGUCAAAUUUACAGUGACUUAUGUUGCUGACCGUUUGGCUUGUGCCGUAGUUCUUUGUCAAUUAUCCAACUGUCUGUCUGUACUGUAACCUCGCCCUCUCAUUUUGUCGUUCUCUGUUCCAUGUCUUCUGCUCUACCAUCUCGUUCAGACUCUUCGCGGAAUUGGUGGUCCUUAUCAUCUAAAGGCUCAACACGAGAGCCCUCUUCCUUUCCCCAGGAGAAAGCCGGUCGACCUUCUUCCAGUAAACGGAACGAUAACACCAAAUUUAAUACGUUGGCUUCAGCUUUUGGUCUGAAGACGAAAAAGCAUCCUUCCCUGACGAUUGAGGAUCCUCCGGCCACCUCAUUUCCUUCCCAUCACGAACUCGAACCGCUAUACUCUCCAGAGCUUUCGCCAAAAUACACCAACAGGCCUCCGUCCAAAUCCGUGUCCUCCACAAGAUCUAGGGUAGACUCCAUCGAACCUAGGACUCCCUCGGACGGCCAGCGCGAUUCAGCGUCCAACCGCCAUUCUCUGCUUACCCUUUCUGAUAUCGAUCCAUUCGCCGCUCGUAGCGGUAUUGCUGUUCCCCAUUCACCAAUAGACCCCAAUCGACUGUCAGCAUACUCGGGCAGUUCCGUCGUCCCUGAAUACAUUACGAAAAAGUUGGACGACGUACCGGUCGCUGCCAGCAGGGUCUCUUACGCUUCUUCUUCGUCCCACUCCUUCUCUCCCGACGACAUGGCUUCUUUGAGUCCCCCAUCAUCGCUCUACUUUAUUGCUGAAAAACCUCACAAGAAGCUAUCUCCAAAGAAAUCGUUGGGAGAUUUAGGUCAAAGAACAAGUCGUUCGAAGCUUGAUGAAUUUCCUCCUGGGAUGAUUAAAUCUAAUUCAUCUGUAACAUUGACCGACAAGAAUAGGCUCAGCCAUCCUGAAAUCUUCUCCGCACCACGACCGCCCAUGCGUGCCCGGGGAAUGACUGACGCUGCUGCUAUAUAUCGUUUACCAAAUUUCCUACAAGAUGACCGUUCUGCUACCAACUCGGCCACUUUCUCUCUGUCGUCUCCAUCAUCUCCUCCUCCGGUAUCGCCCCGUGUCGUUAUUCGCCAACCUUCCCUCCAAAGAAUGGGUCUCCCUAUAAGCGCACCACCUAGCCAUCGUUUGCCUCCCCCUCCCGUUCCUGUUGAUGUAACCGACGAUGAGGAUGUCGACCCCUUGCGAUUCUCGAACUCUGCAUCGUCUUCUACCACGUCUUUCAAGUCCGAAAGAGACGCCGGCAUGGUAAAUCAGCACUAUAUCCCUCGUUCUAGGCCAAGAGAACGCGAACUCCGGCCUGUGGAAGAUACAAUUCAGAAAUCUCGCACACUAAAAAAGGCAGUCUCUCACCAGUCGCUUUCAAAGAUGGCCUCUUCCAGCGCGACAUCGGUGUCCACCCCGCCGCCUAUGCCAGAGAAGGGACCGCGUAAACAACGCUCAUUUCAUCAUCCCCGAAUACCGCUGCCCCAGAUGCCUUCUCUGAAACACCAUUCAUCUGGUUCCGCAGUACCACCUUUAGAUGGGCCAGAGCCUAAAAGAGGAAGUAUGAAUGGUCCUCCGACGCCAAGUAGGAAGAGGUUAUUCUCCGGUUCCAGUACGCGAAGACCCUCAACUUCGCAGGAAACGUGGGGCGAGGAUGAUCAUCGGUCUGUCUUCAGUCUUGACCGAGAGAAAUCGACGCCUAUCUCUCCCAUCUCUACAAAGCCCUCUAGUCAUUCGUCUUUCUGGGAUGAAGGUGGCGCGGACGCAACCCCCAGCAGCCCUCGUGCAUCCACAAUGGACUACACUCCACAACAGACCAUGUCUCCUGCAGAAAUGCUGAAGCUUGAAGCAGACGUACGGGAAUCACUCUCGUUGUCACGGUCCAGAGGAAUGUCAAUCGUUUCCUCAUCAACCGUUGCUUCAGAAUCAGACAGUACCUCUCCACUACCCAGUCUGAUGAACUCUAUACGUUCACAUGGGUUAUUGAAUCCUCAGCCGCAUCCUAUCAGGAGUAAUUCAAUGGGUAGUGGAGGUAUGGUUGUCACACCGCGGCUUCCCCGUCCAUCUACAGGUCAGUCCGUAUCUUCGCCAACUCUCUCUAAUACCAUCUCUACGCCUGGCUUAGUAAGCCUUCCUCCGCCACCUCGGUCUCGACGGCCACAGCCAGCCUCGAAUGCCCCAGAACCAUCUCUCAAAGCGCUCUCACCACCUCCUAGGACCAAAGUGGUCAAUAAGACGAUCUCGAAUGACAAAUUGAAUCGCCGCACUCCUUUAACUCGUAAAUCAUCUUUUCUUGAUAUUGAUGGUGACCUGGCUUCCAAUCAGUCGUCUUCGCCUUCUAUUCCACUUCACGGAGGUGAUAGCUUCUUGGAUUUGGCUCGCGAAUCUUUAGAUACAGUUCGCAGUGAUACGGAUGAGGAACAAUUUUAGGAUUUUUCUUGAGAAUGUGCAAGUCUUUCUUUAUAUUCUUAUCUCCUAUUUGCCACACCCACAUCUCUACCUAUAUAUCUAUACCUUACUGCCUACUUACUUACUUUCUGCUACCUACUUCCAGGAUUCUGCCACGUAUCUUUGCUUUUGCUACC